GCCGGGUGUGGCACGGCUCGAGGGGCAAUCCCAGAAAUCCCGACCCGCCCGCUGGAUCCACGCCCGUGGAUCGGCUGGAACCUCUGCAGAACCCUCGGCAUCCCCCUCAGAGCUUCCCAAAUCCCUCGGCAUCCUCGCGGGGGGGGGGGAAGCCCCGCUGGUUCUCCCUGCCCUUUCUCCUGCAGUGCCAUGGAAGUGCAGUCAGUCCCCGGCCCGGGGAAAUGGGAAUUGCUGCCCUCACCCCCCCGUGCUGCCCUUUGCAGAGGGGUUGGUUUGGGGGAAAGUGCAAACGGGAAUUGGUUGUGUCCGAGAGCCCGGGGAGGCUGCUCCUGCUGUGCCAGGGAAAACCAGCUCUGGAAUCCUGCCCUAUGCUGUGCCAGGGAAAACCAGCUCUGGCAUCCUGCCCUGUGCUGUGCCAGUCCUGCUCCUGCUGCUCCUGCCGUGCCAGGGAAAACCAGCUCUGGCCUCCUCCUCUGUGCCAUGCUGGUGCUGCUCCUGCUGUGCCAGGGAAAACCAGCUCUGGCCUCCUGCUCCGUGCCAGUGUUCUGUACUGUACUAGAGCUCUGUGCCAGUGCCCUGUGCCGGUGUUCUGUGCCAUGCCAGAGCUCUGUGCCAGUGUUCUGUGCCGUGCCAGUGCCCUGUGCCAGCGUUCUGUGCUGUGCCAGAGCUCUGUGCCAGUGUUCUGUGCCGUGCCAGAGCUCUGUGCCAGUGCCCUGUGCCGGUGUUCUGUGCCGUGCCAGAGUUCUGUACCAGUGUUCUGUGCCAUGCCAGAGCUCUGUGCCAGCGUUCUGUGCCAUGCCAGAGCUCUGUGCCGGUGUUCUGUGCUGUGCCAGUGCCCUGUGCUGGUGUUCUGUGCCGUGCCAGAGCUCUGUGCUGGUGCUGCUCCUGCUGCUCCUGCUGUGCCAGGGGAAUCUGCCAUCCUGCUGUGUGUUGUGCCAGCACUCUGUGCUGUGCCAGCGUUCUGUGCUGGUGCUGCUGCUCCUGCUGUGCCAGGGCAGUCUGGCUCUGCCAUCCUGCUCCUGCUGUGCCAGGGCAUUCUGGCUCUGCCAUCCUGCUCCGUGCUGUGCCACCAUUCCGUGCCGUGCCAGAGCUCUGUGCUGGUGCUGUGCCUGCUGUGCCAGGGAAAUUUGGCUCUGUCCCAUGCUGAUGCUGCGCCUGCACAUUCCCAGCUGAUGCAGCAUUCCCGGUUCGUGCAGCAUUCCCGGUUCCUGCAGCAUUCCGGGCUCGUGCAGCAUUCCCAGCUGGGGCUGCUUUCCCAGCUGAUGCAGCAUUCCCGGUUCCUGCAGCAUUCCCGGCUCGUGCAGCAUUCCCGGCUGGAGCUGCUUUCCCGGCCGUGCCAAGUUCCCCCCCGAGAGAUGAAAUAA